AAAGGAAAUAGUUAAGACCAAAGAGAGAUGAAAAUGGCAAACAGCUCCAUUAUUCCCAUCAAGUUUUUGAUACUUGUAGCUCUUGCAAACAUUUGUGUUUCACAGGAUUUUGAUUUUUUCUACUUUGUACAACAGUGGCCAAGUUCAUCCUGUGACACAAAGCAAGGUUGCUGCUUUCCUCAGACAGGAAAACCAGCCUCCAAUUUCACCGUUCAUGGCCUUUGGCCUAAUUUCAACAAUGGAUCAUUUCCAUCCAAUUGCAAAUCUGUAGAAAACUCCUUCGACGAAUCCAAGAUGAGUGACAUAGUUCCAAGAGCAGAAACAAGUUGGGCAGCAUUCUCUUGUCCAAGCAAGAAGAAGACAAACAGCACAAACAGCGACAACAUGAAGCUCUGGAAACAUGAAUGGGACAAACAUGGCACUUGCUCCCACUCUGUUCUUCACCAACAUGCAUACUUUGACUUCACUUUGAACCUCAAGGACCAUAUUGACCUCCUUCAAAUCCUUCUAAAUAAUGGAAUCAAACCAGAUGGAAAGAACUACAGCGUUGAAAAGAUAAGACAAGUUAUAAAAGAAGCAAUAGGGUUUAAAGCUGGCAUAAGAUGCAACACAGAUGUUUCUGGUAAUAUCCAGCUUAAUGAGAUAGUUCUUUGUGUUGAUAAAUCAGCAGCCUCCAGAAGCUUCAUUGAAUGUCCAGUACUACCAGAUGCAAAUUGUCCAGACAAUGUUGAGUUCCCCAUCUUCUAG